UCCACUGUCAACAAUGACAGGUGCAAAAUGCACGUUUUAUAUAAGUACGAAGAAAACCGUUUUAUAAAUAAAACAUAAAACAAAGUGUAUACAAAUAAGUGAAAAUACUUUUAUUAAGCUGAAAAGAAGCAGUAGCUAAAAUGUCGAUGCUAGCAGAAAGGAAAACAAAGCAAAAGUGGUCCCUCAAUCCUAGAGGCAACGAUUGGGUCCAAGAUUCCAACAAAUUUGGUCAGAAAAUGUUGGAAAAGAUGGGGUGGCAACACGGCAAGGGCCUGGGGGCAAAGGAAGAUGGCAUUACAGAGCAUGUAAAGGUGUCGUACAAGAACGACAGCAAGGGUAUGGGCUAUAAAGAAUCCAACGAUCAGUGGACAGAACACGAAUCCAACUUCAGUGCUCUACUGGAGUCUCUUUCAGGAGAAAAACCCGAUGAAGUCAAGCUGAAUUCCUUAGAGAAGAAGUCGCAGAACUCUAGGGCAAGGGUGCACUAUCACAAGUUUACUAGGGGUAAGGAUUUGAGCAGGUAUUCCGAGAAGGAUCUGGCUAAUAUCUUUGGGAAGAAGUCUUUGAAGGAAUCGUCGAAAAUAGAAGAGACGCAGGGAAAACCGAACGGUAGUGAAGAAAAGAAUGCAGAUAAUAAGUUUUUGUUCAAUGCUGGUUCUAUGCGUGACUACUUCAAAAAGAAGCUGCUGGGUUUUGGAAAAUCUAACGGCUACGUCGUGGGACAGAAUGGGGUGCUGAGAAAGGAGGAAUCUGAUUCGGAAAGUAACCCCAGUCCUAGUUUUGGUUUUAAUUCGGGUGAGAAAGACGAUGGAGAAGUUUCUUACGCAGGUUUUGGAUUUAAAAGCGAAUUUAUAUCUGAUACAAAUGGCGAUACUGAGUCGAAGAUAACAAACAACAAAUCUACUUUUGUUUCCUAUGUAAAUGGAAAUUAUGACGAAGAAAGCAAUGAGAAAAAGAGUAAGAAGAAACGGAAAGCUGAGGAAAAGAACGUCGAUAAUGUGUUUUCUCCGAAGAAGAAAUCACGGAAAAAUAAGGAAGAUCCUUCUAAACAUUCGGUGAAAGAAGGAUGCAAAGAAGAAGGAAUUGCAAAUCCAGCUUUUAAUCCUUUACAGACACCAGUGAAGAUAGAGAAACAUGUCCUGGAUACCAUCGAAGAAAGUAUCUCUGAAGAUAUAUCGGACCCCGAAGAUAGUGUUUUAAAAUAUGGCAUGACAACAGUUCAAGUCCAUGCAAGUACACAAGAAAAAAAGGAGUAUUUAUCGGAAAGCAGUUGUAGCAACUUAGAAGCAGGGGAAUCAACAAUCGAAGUAAAGAAAAAAUCAAAAUCAAAGGGGCUCGAAAAUGGAGUGGUAAAUAGUGUUUUUAUUGAAAAUGAUACUGUCGAUUUAACAGCAGUGAACGUUGGCAAAGAAAAUGAAGUUGAAAUCUCGCCUUUCGAGGUAAAACGAAAAGAAAGUAAAAAGAACAAGCAGGUAAAAUCAAAGAAAAAAGAAAAUAGAACAGUUCAAAAUAAUAAUAAUAAUAUUGAUCUUAGAAUAGAGGAGCCUAAAAAAAUUACAGCAACAUACGAAAAUCCAAAUUUCGAAGAAGCCGUAGAAGACCUUUCACACAAUUUACAAAUUAAAGAAAACCCAUACGAGUUGAAACCUAAAAAAUCAAAGAAAAAGAAACAAGAAAAUCCCAGCAUCGACCUCACAACUGACAAUUCUGGGGUUUCAUCUAUAACUGAAGUUCCGUUAAAACAAAAAUCAAAGAAAAAAGAAAAUAGAACAGUUGAAAAUAAUAAUAAUAAUAUUGAUCUUACAAUAGAGGAGCCUAAAGAAACUACAGCAACAUACGAAAAUCUAAAUUUCGAAGAACCCGUAGAAGACCUUUCACACAAUUUACAAAUUAAAGAAAAUCCGUACGAGGUGAAACCUAAAAAAUCCAAGAAAAAGAAACAAGAAAAUCCCAGCAUCGACCUCACAACUGAUGAUUCUGGGACUUCAUCUAUAACAGAAAUUCCGUCAAAACAAAAAUCAAAGAAAAAGGACAAAACUUUUGCUUUGGAAAAUCCUAAUUUCGACGACAGCUUAGAAAAUACAAUAGAUUUAACUGAAGCCGAAGAAAACCCUUACGAAGUUAAAGUUAAAAGGAAGAAAACCAAAGGGGGUAUUGAUAAUGUUAAUUUUAUUGAAAUGACCGAAGGGAAUGCAAGCUUUCCUCAAAACGAAGAAAAUCCUUUCGAAGUUGCAAGAAACAAAAGGAAAAAGAAGAAAAAUGAAAAUUAUGCUAUCGAGAAUCCUAACUUUAACGAAUCGUUAGAAGAAACAGAGUGUGCCGUGGUCAAAGAAAAUCCCUACGAAAUAAAACCAAAAAAGAAGAAAAAGAAGAAAGACUAUAUCUCAGCAAUAGACAAUCCAAAUUUUAACGCAAACAACUCUAUAGAAACUAGUACUGAAAAAAUUCCUUUUGAAGUACAAAGAAAGCAGAAAAAAGUCAAAGGAAACAAAGAAAACGUCAAGAGUAUACUGCCAGACGUAUUAUCCUCGGACAUAAAAGAAAACAUAUCGUUGGAUAUCGAAGAAAACGACCUGAUGUUGAAUGUAGUCUCUACACCCAUCAUUGCGAGAACGCCACAGGCGAACGGCGAAAAUAGUCACAGCGUAAUGAAGAUAAAUAGCGUGAAACGGAGGAAAAGCGUACGCUUCAGCGAUGUAACGCAAGAGAGGAUCAUUCCGAACAACGAGGACCUUCGAAAUCUCAGCGACACAGAAAACAGGAACGAGCUGUUCAAAAUCAACACUCAAGUAAUAAACAACAGCCUAGAGGAACAGAACAUCAGUUUCGACAUGUCCGCUUUGGAUAAGUUCAGUUACGACAGUAAGAAAAAGAAGCUAGGAAUCGACAAUACUGCUUUCGAUAAACAUAAGACUAACCUGGAGGAAAACUUGGAUUCUAUCUCGAAAACUAUAGACAGAUACCAGGCGGAGAUAGAGAACGAUAUUAACGAGAAGAAGUUGGAAACGAUCACCAUGGAGGACGUUAUGGUAGGUGAGGUAGGAAACCCGCACGGAGAACACGAAAGGUUACCCGAAGGCACCAAGCUUAAGUUCAAAUAUGCUAAUUUCAUAUCACGCACCCCUUUUUAUCACUUGGAUAAGACUGGAGCGAAGAAGUCUUACAAACACCUGAUCAAAGGCGAUAUUGUGGUUGGAUUUAAAAACACGAAUUUGCACGAAAUUCAGGGUUAUGCGGCCAAGAGCACCAGCACAAAUGCUUAGUUUGUUUCAUUCUCACAGGAUGUUUUAUUUAUUAUUCGAUACAUAGAUGUAAAUAUGUAUUUUUGAAAAUCUAAUAAACGGUUUUUAUGAGGAG